CUUGAGUGUCUCUUCCUUUGUCAGCUUCUACUCUCUCUCUCUCUCUUUUCUCUCUUUCUCUCUCUCUCUGAUCUUUUAAAAGAUAGCAACAUCUAAAAUCAGCAAAACCACAUUUUCUUUCUUACUUCUUCUCUGUCCUUUCUACUUCCAGAGUCCUGUAGUUUACUUUUAGAGAGAGAUGAGAAGAAGCCUCUCUUUCUCUGUCUGAGUAAAAAGAAGAAACCAAAAAAAACAUAAUGGAGUUGUUGAUAGGGGGUUCUGGUCAAACCGAGUCUGGUGGUGCUUCUUCCACCAAGUCAUCUUCACUCAGUGGUGGACUCAGGUUUGGUCAGAAGAUCUACUUCGAGGAUGGAUCCGGAUCCGGAAGCAAGAACCGUGUCGGUACAGGUCAUAAAUCGUCGACCACGACGACAACGGCGAGAUGCCAAGUGGAAGGUUGUAAAAUGGAUCUAAGCAAUGCAAAAGCUUAUUACUCAAGACACAAAGUUUGUUGCAUUCACUCUAAAUCAUCUAAAGUCAUUGUCUCUGGUCUUCGUCAAAGGUUUUGCCAACAAUGCAGCAGGUUUCACCAGCUUUCUGAGUUUGACUUAGAGAAACGAAGUUGUCGUAGAAGACUUGCUUGUCAUAACGAACGACGACGAAAACCACAACCCACAACUCUUUACACUUCUCAGUACACUCGAAUUGCUCCAUCUCUUUACGGAGACGCCAAUGCUGCAAUGAUGAAAAGUGUUUUGGGAGAUCCUACGGUGUGGUCAACCGCAAGAUCAGUGAUGCGAAGGUCUGGACCUUGGCAAAUUAGCCCGGUUAAGGAAAGCCAUCAUCAACUCAUGAAUGUUUUCUCACAAGAAAGCUCAAGUUUUACUAUAACAUGUCCAGAGAUGAUGAACAACAAUAGCACAGACUCAAGCUGUGCUCUCUCUCUUCUGUCAAACUCAAACUCAAACUCAAACCCGAUUCAACAGCAGCAACAACAACUUCAGACACAAACCCAUAUCUGGCGACCAUCUUUAGGUUUUGACUCUAUGACCGUCGAUAGGGUUACAAUGGCUCAGCCACCGCCCAUUUCAAGCCAUCAUCAGUACCUGAACCAAACGUUGGAAUUCAUGGCAGGCGAAAAGAGCAGUUCACAUUACAUGUCUCCUGUUUUGGGACCGAGUCAAAUCUCUGAGCCAGAUGAGUUUCAGAUAAGCAAUGGCACCACAAUGGAUGGAUUCGAGUUGUCUCUUCAUCAGCAGGUUCUGAGACAAUACAUGGAACCUGAGAACACAAGAGCUUAUGACUCUUCUCCUCAUCAUUUCAAUUGGUCUCUUUGAGCCCAAUCUCUUUCACCCUUUAAAGACUUUCUUUUAAUAUAACUUCUUCUGUGGAAGGUUGCUACUAAGGCUUGAUAGUGUCAAGAUCUUAUCAAUUACUUGUUCUAUGCUACUUAAAACUAAGCAAUGAUGUCGGAUAGUGGCUUUCAAGUUUGGGUGUUAUUUUAAUAUGGUUUUUGAACU